AUGUAGAAAAUACCAAUAACAUACCAAACGUGAAGAAACCUGAAUUUUCCAACAAAUCGUUCUACUUGCUUAAAUUAUUUCAGUUCUCCCCCCUCUUCCCAAUAAACAGCAAACCUUGCAAGAAAGCCCCGCAAGAACAGUUAGCCAUGGAAACUAUAGUUCUAUAUCCUUCCCCUGGAAUGGGCCAUCUGGUUUCCAUGGUGGAGCUAGGUAAAUUCAUCCUUCACCACCACCCUUCCCUCUCCAUCACUAUUCUCACGGCGCCGCCCUCUUUCAACACCGGCUCCACCGCCACCUACAUCCGCCACAUCUCCGCCACCGUCCCUUCCAUCACUUUCUACCACCUACCCCCCAUCUCCCUCGACCUUGAGCCCUUUUCUUCUGUGGAAGCAGUCAUUUUCGAAAUCCUCAACCAGAGCAACCCCCAUGUCUGCCGCGCACUGGAAACCAUUUCCCUCUCAGCCACCGUCUCCGCCUUCGUCAUCGACUUCUUUUGCACCUGUGCUUUGCCUAUUUCCGCCGAACUCAAUAUCCCUACCUACUACUUCUUCACUUCCGGUGCUUGCAUUCUCGCGUUUUUCCUCUAUUUUCCCACAAUUCACAACACUUGCACCAAAAGUUUCAGAGAUAUGAACGAGCUUUUGCAUGUUCCCGGGAUUCCCCCAAUCCCAUCUUCUGAUAUGAUUAAGCCGAUGCUCGAUCGAGACUCCACGGAUUAUGAAAGCUUGCUAAAUUAUGCCCAAAACAUACCAAAUUCAGCGGGAAUCAUUGUGAACACAUUCGAAAGCCUCGAAACGAAACCUCUUAAUGCCAUACGAGAAGGCAAAUGCAACCCUGGUGGCCAUACGCCGCCGGUUUUCUCCGUCGGACCACUCUACCGAAGGUCAGGUCGUCAGGGUGGCGGCAGCGGCAUCAAUGAUUGUCUGAGUUGGCUGGACAAACAACCAAGUAAAAGCGUUGUCUACUUAUGUUUCGGCAGUUUGGGUUUGUUCUCAGCUGCGCAGUUGAAGGAAAUAGCAGUGGGGUUAGAAAGAAGUGGGCAGAGGUUUCUAUGGGUUGUGCGGUCGCCUCCGUCCGAUGACAAGAGUAAACGGUAUUUACCGCCACCGGAGCCGGACUUGGACACUCUUCUCCCGGCCGGGUUCCUGGAUCGGACGAAGGACCGCGGACUCGUCCUGAAGUCAUGGGCCCCACAGGUGGCGGUGCUGAACCACGAAGCAGUAGGCGGGUUCGUAACGCACUGCGGCUGGAACUCGGUGCUGGAAGCGGUGUGCGCCGCCGUGCCGAUGGUGGCGUGGCCACUGUAUGCGGAGCAGCAGAUGAACAGGUUGGUGCUGGUGGAGGAUAUGAAGGUGGCCUUGAGGAUGGAGGUGGCGGAGGACGAUUUCGUAGCGGCGGAGGAGGUGGAGCGGAGGGUGAGAGAGCUGAUGGAAUCAGAGAAAGGGAGGGAAAUACGGAAGGUGGUUGAAGAAAUGAGCGUGGAGGGUAAGGGUGCAAUGAUGGAAGGAGGUUCCUCCAUUGCAGCACUUGCGAAACUGCUCCAGUCCUGGAAAUGUGUUUAAUUACUGUUCAGAUUUUCUUUAUCAUAAAUAUUAUUUCUCUUUUAUUUUAAUUAAUAAAU